AUGGCUGCAGACAAUGUAUCAUCUCAGACGACAACUGGACAGCCUCAUUUGGCGAAGCAAGAUCUAACAAAAUUGGUAAAGAUAGUGUUUCGUCUCUUGUAGACAAUCACGUGUAGUGUUAAAUAUUCUGUUUAGUAAAAGGUUGAUAGUUUUGAAUUACGUUUGUUCAUUUUUUCUUUACUUUAUUAGGAUGUAUCUGAGCUAAAUCCUCUCACUCCCGAAGUUAUCAGUCGUCAAGCAACGAUCAACAUCGGUAAGACAUCAAUAUACACUACGUAAAAUAUUUAUAUUUGUUAAAUAGCGCCUAUUUUAUGAUCAGAAACCACAAAAAAAGAAAGUUACAUGGUGUUUUCUUGGUAUUUAGAAAACUUUGCUGUGUAUUGCAUCAGAAUUACUUUCUCCACAAGGUUUUACAUUUUUAAUUUUUUUUUUGUAGGAACUAUCGGCCAUGUGGCUCACGGGAAAUCAACAGUUGUUAAAGCAUUAUCCGGAGUACAGGUGAUUUUCUUUUCGUUAUCGUACUUGUGUGAUUAUUCUAAAAUAAUUGAAGUUUUCUACUGGUGUGGGUAUUACUUACAUGUGGCUGACUUUGCAAGUAACUUUUGAACCAUGUAACUGAAGAUCAUCUGUCAGAGUGCACACUGAUCAGAAAAAAGAUUGACCAGCAGUAAGACUCGUGUGUUAAGUGCAUUGAGGCUCAUAAGUACUCCCUCAAGAGCUCUGACACCAACAUGUCAUAAAAAAGUUGUUGACACCCCUGUUAGCUAACUGAUAACAGUUAUGCACCUUUCAACUCUUCUGCCCUGAGCAUGAUCACACGAUGCUAAAACCUGCUGAGUUGUCAACACUAACCUCUUGUCAGCUCAUUGCCCUGCCAACUGGCUUCUUGUACUCAGUAGAAAAAUCAAGCCAUUGUAUUUUUAAUGACUGCAAAAGCACAGUAUAAAAUAAUGAUUGAACUAAGUAUUUAUUCUUUUUCAGACUGUAAGGUUUAAAAAUGAACUUGAGAGGAAUAUUACAAUCAAACUAGGAUAUGCUAAUGCAAAGGUAAGCUGGUAACAUUUUGUUCAGAUUUCUUGGGUUUGAUGUUACUGCUGCUUCUUCGAAUGCAGCAGUAACUUCUGUCGGACAGCAAUUGUUAGUAUAUGGUAAUCAAAUAUUUAUAGAAGUCAGAGCAUGGUGACCUCGUAAGCUGUCUUGUUGAAUUGAAAUUGUUUGGAAAGGCAGUUGUUUAUUACUGUUGAAGAUGCUGUGGUUAAUUUUUCCAGCACCAUACUGUUUGAACACUGAAGGUAAAAUUCCAGUCUAAAAGAUUUACUCCCACUGCAUAUUGGUAUUUCAAAGUCAAAUAAAACCUUUCACUCCCAGGAUCUCAGCAUGAAAAGUUGAAAAAUUGUGCUACAUCAGUAUGAAAUAUGGAUUUAAUCUGCACAUUGGGGAAACUUUGAAGAAAAAUUUUAUAUGUUGAAGAGAUGGCAUUUUACCAUUUGAAUCCACGAGUUAUGCCCAAAAGAGAUGCUUAAUUUGUGAAGCAAUUAAGGUCCAAAAUAUGAUACCUUGAGUUAAACAGAGUAACCCUAUUUGAUGGAAUGAUGGAACAGUGGAAUGGCACAAUGGCACAAUGGUGGAAUAUCCUAUAAUAGGGAAUACCUUGUUGUAUUUUACAAAAUUCUCACAAAAAUGUGAUUGUAAUGAAAUCAGAAAAUAAUUUGUAAUUAUAAAUAAGAAGCAGAGCUUAAUAAUUAUUUAAGCCUAGCAGUUAAGGAAACCAUAAGAUUUCUUAGCAAACCUCUUUAAAUUAUUAUCAUAUUGCUAUUUUUAUCAUCAUUAUUAUUGUUAAUAUGAUGAUUUGUUACCAUUUAGUUAUUGGUUGAAUAUCAAUUAGACAUUUCAUUCUUGAAUCAUCUUUCUCUUAUGAAACAGGGUACUCAUAAGUAAGAUGUAGCAGGUUUUGUGUUUUGCAUGUGAAUACAAAUCUUCUGCAGUGCUACCCUCUCAUGUCUUUAUCCAACCUCCACUUCAGUUCAAUGCUAAAAAAUUGCCACAUGCAGUCUCAGACUGCCUGUUUUAUCCAUUGGAUAAUGUUCUAUGCCCUCUAAACAACUGGGUCGGUGGGAUUGUUAUCUGGUUAAUACCUCAAUAUAUUGUGUUAUUCACAGAUCUACAAGUGUGAGAGCAUUUCAUGUCCAAGGCCUGGUUGCUACCGUUCAUCUGGCAGUGCAAGAGAAGAUGUAUUCCCUUGUGACAGAAUGGGAUGUAAUGGGAAAUUUAGAUUAGUUAGGUGAGAGUUUAAGUUUAAUGGGAGUAAGUAAUUGCACUUUAUACUGAAAUUAUGGUGAUAUCAUUGCUUAGAAAACAUGGAAGAUAUUCAGGAGACUCCAAACUCAUGAUUAGUAGAUCUUUAACAGUCAAUUGAUUUUCUCUCUUAAGCACUUGUUACUUGAUGUAGCUGGAUGAUACACAAUAUUUUUACUUGGACCUUCAGCUUUGGAAUUCUCCCUCUUGUGAGCAAUAUUAUCAGCCUUAACUUACUUUGUGGGUGUGGCAGACAUGGUGCACAGCGAUCAGCAUGUUGGACACUGACCCACAAAGUGCCUCUAUCCAUUCAGGAGAAAAAAUAGCACUGCUCUCGGUUACUUCAUGCUAUAAACAGAGAUCUAAGCUCAAAUUAUCUUUAAGUCACUUUUUUUGCAACCUAAAGUCAUCAAGAAAAUAAUUGAAAAAAAGAGGGAUGUAAAGAAAACAGCAUUUUUUUUCCAUUAAAAUUCAUAUUUUAUAGUGUCUGCCUCAUGCAGAUCUAAACAACACUUGUGGUUCCAUUUUUUUUUUUCAGACAUGUGUCAUUUGUUGAUUGUCCUGGCCACGAUAUUCUUAUGGCCACAAUGUUGAAUGGCGCAGCUGUCAUGGAUGCUGCUCUUUUACUUAUAGGUUGGUUUUCAACUUUGUUUGUUCUUAAUUGAUUUCUUGACACUGUCAGGAGAAUCAUUUACAAAAUAAAAUGUUUCUACCUGCGGAGACAAGAUUGCCUCCAAACAAAUUAAUGACAGGAAUUGUAACUUCAUCCAGGUAACAGUUUGAACAGUUGGAUAAAAUCAAUGGGAAGGUUAUGUGAGGAUAUGAGUGACAAUAAUGCUUUCAAAUCGACUUAUGGUGGAUCAGUGAAAUAUGAGAUUUUGAAUUUCAUUGCUCAAAAGUUCUCCAAGUUUCAAAAUUAAGUGUUAUCAUAUUAUGUAGAUGUUCUUAGCAUCUUAUGUGACAUGUAUAAUUUCUUCAUUGUUUCAUUUAAGUUAAUGUUGAGUAUUCUUUGUUUCUUUCAUCCAAGCUGGAAAUGAAUCUUGUCCUCAGCCCCAGACUUCAGAACAUCUGGCAGCCAUUGAAAUAAUGAAGCUUAAGCAUAUAAUAAUCCUUCAGAACAAGAUAGAUCUUGUCAAGGAGAGCCAAGCUAAGGAACAGUAUGAACAGAUUCUCCAGUUUGUUCAAGGUGAGAAUACAUGGUUGAUAAAAAUUGUUAUCUUUAUUACAGUGAGGAACCAGGCAGGCUCUUCGUUUUGCAUCAAUGCUUUGAGGAUUUAGUACUAAAUCUUGAUGGCCCGAGACAUGGUAGAGCUCGGCAAACUCAAACUCUGUUAACUUCAACUCCCUGCUUACUAGAACAAAAUACAAUUUACUAUCUUCUUAACCAAACUCAGUUAAUUCCAACUCCUUGCUAACUCAAACUAAUUUUAAUUUCACUUGGCUCAGAUUUACCUUGGUAACUGGAAACUUUGUGUAAAAGUGUUGGUUGUUAACAUCAAAGUGUCAGAACAUGGCUGAUUACAUUGCAACCUUUGAUUGAAGAUAGGCAAACUUCCCAAACUAACUGUUCAAAUAAAAAAGCUGUUAUAAAACAAACUUAAUGUAUGAAAAUGAUGAUUCAUUGUGCAAGAAUGGUAAAAACAUGAUUGCUCAUUAUUUACAGUAAAAAAUUUAAAUUCAACACCUAUCCUAAUAACUCAAACCACUGCUGAGAUACCCCUUAGGAGUUCAAGUUAGCAGGGUUGUACUGAAACAAGGCAUUGCUGGAUACUAACAUGUACAUCUUCUUUAUUUUGUUUUUCAGGAACAAUAGCAGAAGGAGCCCCAGUGGUUCCAAUUUCAGCACAGCUCAAGUACAACAUUGAAGUCAUUUGUGAAUACAUCUGUAAGAAGAUUCCAGUACCUGUCAGAGACUUCACGUCCAGUGCUAAACUCAUAGGUAUGCAGUGGUGUUUAGUAAAAGAGUUCUGUUGAUAGAAAUGCAAUGAUUGGUGAUUACAUACUAGAAAAUCAUGUCUUUUCCAUGAUAUUUCUUAUAAAACGUUGUCAUUACUAGAAUUUUUUUUGUUCUGUUGUUUAGUUAUCAGAUCUUUUGAUGUAAACAAACCAGGCUGUGAAGUGGAGGAACUCAAAGGUGGUGUUGCCGGGGGGAGCAUACUGUGUGGAGUUCUUAGAGUGAGUACAUGAUGGAAACUUUUUUCAUUUUCUCAAGGUAUUGUUGUUUAUCAGAUAUACUGUCCAAAAUGCUUACAAACCUUUUUUCAUUUCUUCAUAUAUUUGCCCUUUAUCAUAGGAAAUUAGCAUCAGUGAUAGUCAACUGGUCAACUGAUCAGUAAACUUUGACAAAUUUUUAUCAGUCUAGUACAUGGGUGAUCAAACAACCUUUUGAAGUUUUUUGUUCUUUUUUGAGUAGACCAAGAUCAAAAUGAUUGGAUGCAAUCCAGGAAAGCUGGUGAAGAAGACACUUGCAACAUGAAUGUGAAGUUUUUGAUUUUCUGUUUAUUUGUAGGUGAGCCAAGAAAUAGAAGUGAGGCCAGGUAUUGUAUCAAAGGACAGUGAGGGGAAACUGCAGUGCCGUGCCAUUUUCUCUCGCAUUGUGUCUUUGUUUGCUGAGCAGAAUGACCUUCAGUUUGCAGUGCCGGGAGGCCUUAUCGGUAGGAUAAUUCAGAUGCAUUAACUGCUUCCAACUCAUUACCAGUCAUAAAUUUUGGAAACUGUUUGUUCAACUUAUAAAUCUUUUAUUAGGUGUUGGCACAAAGAUUGACCCGACACUAUGCCGAGCAGACAGGAUGGUAGGACAGGUGUGUAUCAGAUUUGUGAUAUUGUUAAAGAUGUGGUUACAGACCAAGUAAUCUUGUUUGAGGCAUCACUUUUUCGGUCUAUAGUCUACACUAUACAACCAAUAUUUUAAAAAUACAUCACUGAAUUUAAAUAUUUUACUUAAAGAAUGUUUCCAAGGCUUUAAGAAGAAAUUGAUUUUCAUGCCCUUGGGUUUAAAAGGGAUCCUAUUUUGAUAACUGUUUGUUGUUGUGCCAGGUUUUGGGUGCUGUUGGGACACUUCCUGAGAUUUACACAGAGCUUGAAAUCAACUACUUCCUGUUGAGAAGACUGCUGGGAGUGAGGACUGAAGGCGACAAGAAGGGAGCUAAGGUAUUGCACAGGGAAUUACAACUCGAAUGUUAAAUCAUAAAUUUCUCAAUUUAUGUUUUGAUUAACUGGACAACAUCACGAACAUACUCCAUUUCCUCAUACAAUUUCCAUUUGAAUGGAAGUUUUAACAUAUAGGAAGCCUGUUUCAGGCGUUCAGUUAAUAAAACAGAGCGAAAUAGUAAACGGGGUGAUAUUAUAGCGUCAGAACGAAAAACCAGAGAGGUUUGGGUCCGGUUGAGUUGAGUUUAAUUACGCGCCCCGACCCAAGCCUCCCUCGGUUUUUCACUCCUCCGCCACUAUUGAGCUUCGUUUUGCUUACUAAACGCCCGGAAAAGGUUAACAGACUAUAUGUGUGUAGUUACUCAUGUUAUGAGAACUCAAUUAGAGUUUAAAAAAUUAUCUGACCUGUGGGAUUCUGAUUACGUAAUUACGUGGUUGUGAGUGUUGUUUAUUGGAGCUUUGUUUUCUGCAGGUACAAAAGUUGACUAAGAAUGAAGUGUUGAUGGUGAACAUUGGUUCGCUGUCCACUGGAGGUCGUGUGUUGGCAGUCAAAGCAGAUUUGGCCAAAAUAGUGCUGACUCAACCCGUUUGCACUGAGAUCGGAGAGAAGAUUGCGCUUAGCAGAAGAGUUGAAAAACAUUGGAGGUUUGUUUAUUUUUAUCAUUCAAAUACGCUUACAAUGUGUGUUCCUUGCAUGUCUACUGCCGUUGCCGUUUUAUAAACCAGAAAGUUUACACCUAAGGCGACCACUUUUUUCCCUUCUCUCUAAUUACUGUUACAAUCGAAGCACAUUUAGUCGAGUGUUGAAAGUAAGUCGGGAUUGCAAUGAAUACUUUGCUUUGUGAUUGCUUUACAAAACUUCUACCACCUUCUCUACCAAUCAGAUGCAAGACUAGAGCUAUUCGCGACCCUGGUUUUCCCGCGCUUUAGGCUGUUUAGGUUUGAGUUCUCAUUGGCUUAAUGUCGUGCUGUCAUUGUUCUGAUUGGCGGUGUGGUUCCUUUGAAUUUGGUCUCAUGACCCUCAGUCGAAACGCGCUUUCCGUGGCUCUGGUCCAAAAUUUAUUCCAAACGAGCAGGAAGGAAUGUGAUGAAAAUUCAGAGACGGGCGGUCAGAUACAAGUUUGCAAUCUUGCAACUUGAUGGUGAAAGUCUCUUUUUCUGAUUUCCUGGCUCAGUAGAUCCCAGUCCCAUACCCUCAAGUUAAAGGCAAGAAAGACAGAAUUUCCCCGAAAUGGCUGUAAAAAGUGGUACCUAAAUCAGCCUGCUAGGAUAAUAAGUGAAAUAAUAUGAUGCAAUUAUCUCUAAGAGAUGCGACUAAAUUUUAUUUUAUUUUUUAAGUGGGGGGAGUUAUCAGCAGCCUUGCAGACGUUAUCUGUUGUAUUUGAAUUCGAUUUUACCUCACAGCGCCUAAACAAGCUUCACAGCCUCUAAUCUAAUAUCUUUAAUUGUUUUAUUGUUAAUGUUUUAGUCGAGGUCUAAGUAAUCUUUCAAGCUAACUAAAUAGUCCAGCACUUGAGGAAAAACUUUGACUCGUGAAACUUCUGUUCUACAUUUCAGAUUAAUUGGAUGGGGCCAAAUCAGACGCGGAGUUACCAUCAAACCAGAAUCAUAGGAUAAAGCAGCAGACAUUUUGUAGUUUAAGAGAAUCGAGUUCAACAAGGAAAGCUUCUGUCAAGAACGUGUUCUGCGGGUGCACUGUGGUCUAUUCGGUGAAUGUUUUAUCUUCGUGUUUAUCGAUCUUUAUGAAAAGAGUCCUGAUUUGAAGAUUUCUCCUAUCUAACGUGUGAACACUCUUUCUUGUACGGAAAAUACUAGAAGCUUACGAUGUUUAUGAAAUCAUGAUCUGAAUUAUGUAAUUUAAGUGAGAUUUGGGAGUCGUUGGUCUUCUUUUGCUUUGUCACGCGUACUUCUCCGUUCUUGGGGACGUCACGCAACACUCUCCAUUGACGAAAAAAGCAUCGUGACGUCCUGGGUACUUGGAGUGUUGUGUAACAAAGAGAUAGGGAACGUUUCGUGCGCAAACUUAGAUAACGGCAGCUUAGGAAACCAACGAUUCAAAAUGUUAUAGUUAUCGAAAUCCUUAGUUAAGGUUAUCAGACCUGGUAUAUCGUAAUAAACAUGACAAUCUAUUUUAAAUAUUUCAAUUUCUUUUUUACUGAGACUCAUGGGGGGUUUGAACGAAUGAAAUGAAUGAGAUAGGUUCAGCCAAGG